CUCCUGGACGCCAGCACGCAGUGGACAAGCACGAGUGUCUCUUCUUCUCUUGCUUUGGACUUCAAGCCUCACCUCUGAUCGAAAUGGACCCCAACUGCUCCUGCUCCACUGGGGGAUCCUGCACCUGCGCUGGCUCCUGCACAUGCAAAGACUGCAAAUGCACCUCCUGCAAGCAGAGCUGCUGCACCUGCUGCCCGGUGGACUGUGCCAAGUGUGCCCAGGGCUGCAUCUGCAAAGGAGCAUCGGACAAGUGCAGCUGUUGUGCGUGAUGUGGGGGAGAGCCUACUCCCCGUUGUAAAUAGAGCAAUGUCUACAUACCUGCUUUUUAAAAUGUUUUCGUAAACCCUGACCCGAUUGCUAUGUUCCUUUUUUGUAUGAAAUAAUUUGAAUGACAAUAAACUUAUGUAGACUCUU